CGAAAACGGUAAGGAACUUCGACAGGCGCAUUUAAUUCGGAACGAUGUAAAAGCUGUACUUUCAUGUAAUGACCUAUCCAUUUAUAGAGAUCAGUGCCUUUUCCAGACUUUUUUACCGGUCGGGAAAAAAAUCAUUGGCAACACUGCGUCGUAUUCGUGCAGUUUCGUGCAACAAGCCAACAAAACAAGGUUUAUGAUUCGUUGCUUUGGAUCUGUUUCAGUUCGGUUGUUUUGCGAGUAGCUUUAUUGUGUUUGCCGUGCUAUGAUGCAUUUUUCUUCGUUUAAUUAAUAAAUCGGUAAAGAUUCAGAAAGUUAUAUUGCAUUUCAGUGUUUGUUGUGGUGUUGAAUAAAUUUCCUUUCAAUCUUGAAAUGCCUAUACUUCUUUGUUCUUGUGAAAAGUGAAUAAUCACAUUGUUUUUUUUUACGAAACAGUUUAUGGUCUAUAUUUUUGUUUGCGAAUAUUGCAGUGCUCAUUAAAAAAAGGGAUUACUUUGAAAAGUGUCGAAGUACAAAAGUGAAUCAAAAAUACUUUUAUUCAUCAAGUGAAGCAGACUCGAGCGGUUAAUUUAAAUGCUAAGGGUGCGUGAAGCACGUAUUAUAAAGUUUGAUUGGUGCACGCGGUGACGCGGUGACGGGGUGAAGGGGCGAAGGCGCGAGGGUGUGUCGAGCCCGCGAGGGCGUCGGGCGGCGGCAUGUCGGGCGCGACGACGCCGACGGCGGCGGAGUGCGCGACGCUAGACGAGCGCGACCUGGAGCCCCGCACGCCCAUGAAGCGGCUUGGCUCUACCAGGAAACUCGCGGCGUUCAGCAACAUUCGCGCCCAGCUGUCGGAGCAGGCGCGCGUGCUGGAGGCGCGUGCCGAGGCGGCGGCAGGCGUCGCGGCCGAGCUGGCCGACCACUGCCGGCGCCGCGCCGAUCUCGAGCUCGACUACUCGCGCGCGCUCGACAAGCUGGCGCGCGCCGCUUCGCAGCGCCAUAAGGACCACAAGCACAAACGCGAGCAGUGGCCGCUGACGGGAGCGUUCACGUGCUGGCAGGCGGCACUGGAGCAGACGCGCGCGCUAGCGCGGGACCACGCUGCGCUGGGCGAGCUGUAUGGCGGGCCGCUGGCCGCGCGGCUGCAGCGCGCCGCCGAAGACGUGGCACGAUUGCAGCGCCGCGGGCGUGAACUACUCGCCGAGCGCCAGGAGGAGCUGGGCGCCGCGCUGGCCGAGGCGGCCGCGGCUGGCAAGACGCACGCCGGCGCCGCGGCCGCCUGGCGCGCCGCCGCUCUCAAGUUGCGUGCCGCGCACCUCCAGCGCCGCGCCGCACCCGCGCCGCCCGACGCGCCCCGCACACGCAAGCUCAAGGCCCUCGAUAAAGAACUUCAAAAGCGGCGCGCGCGGCACAGCGCGGCGCGGGCGGCGGCUCUGCGCGCGCGCGCCGACUACGUGCUCAGUCUGGAGGCCGCCAACGCCACGCUGCAGCGCUACUACCUGGACGACGUCGCCGACGUCAUGCUCUGCACGGAGGUGGGGUACGAGGCGGUGGUGGGACGCGCCGUGCGGACGGCCGGCGCCGCGGAGAACGCGCGCGCGCGCUCGCUGGGCGCGGCGGCGGGCGCUUUGCUGGCGGCCGCCGACUCGCUGGACGCGCUGGCCGCUCGCCGCCGCCUGCUGGAGGCGCACCGGACCGCCUUCGCGCCGCCCGCGCCUCUUGCGCCGCGCCCCCCGCCGCCCGCCGACCUGGAGCGCGACAUGCGCGCGCUGCUGCCCGACGAGGAGGAGACGGACGAGGCCGCGGAGGAGGUGACGCGGGAGCUGCACGCGCGCCUCGCGCAGCUCGAGGCCGCCGCCCGCACGCUGCGCGCCGAGUGCCGCGAGCACGCCAAGACGCUGGACGCGGCCGAGGCGGAGCUGGUGCGCAUGAUGGAGGGCAGCGCGGCGCAGUGGGAGGUGGGCUCGCUGCUGGCGCCCGCCGCGACCGCGCCCACGCCGCCCGCCGCGGCCGCCGCGCCCACCGCAUCCGCCGCGCCCACCGCGCCCACCGUUGCGGCGUCCGCCGAGGACGACGCGCCGCGCCGCGCACAAGAAGACUACUACCUCGCACUUGUUACAAGGUUUAUAUGUCGAGGUGAUGAUCAUUUAGUCGAGUUUCUGGAGCGUACUUUAAUAUUUGGUGGAAUUUGCGUGUGGCAGAAGUUCCGCGCGUACGUGUGCAGCGCGGGGCGGCUCGCGCGCCUCGAGGGGAAGGCGGCGGCGAUGCGCGCGCGCCUACUGCCCGCCGCGCCCACCGCGCCCACCUUCCUCGCCCAUCUGGCCGAGCACAGCGAGCACAACAUGAUGGACGCGUGGAACCUGGCCAUCUGCCUGGGGCCCACGCUGCUGGCCGCGUGGGGCGAGGGCGGCGCGCAGGUGACGGCGCAGAACCUGGUCAACGAGCUGGUGAAGCGCAUCAUCCUGCACCACAAGGAGCUGUUCCCGCAGGACGUGGCGCCGCACACGCUCUACCGCCGCCCCGGAGAGGAAGAUGACGAGUUAACGGGCGAGGGCGCGGGCGAGGGCGCGGGCGUGGGCGUGGGCGAGGGCGAGGCGGAAGGCGCGGCGGGGGAGGGGGGAGAUGAGGCGGACGCGGCCGCGCGCACCGAUGACGAGCACGACCUCAACGACGACCUCUCGCUGUACGACGACGAGGAUGACCUGGAGGAGGAGGAGGAAGACGACGACGAGGACGCCAGCGACGAGCCGGAUGCCGCGAGCACCGGCGCGCCCGCCUCGGCGGUCAGCGGUGUGGCGAGCGGCGCGGCGCAAGACGUCGAGCGCAGGCGGCUGGCGGAGAGCACCCCGGACCUCGUGCUGGACCUGCCCGCGCGCGCCGCCGCCGACACCUUCCUCUGCAACCGCGACACGCUCAGGAAGCGCCCCGCACCCCCCGCCGCACCCCCCGCACCCCCCGCACCACCGCACAGGUAACAGCAUACGUCUCUCAUUCAUAAUCCCCUUGCACUCUUCUCAAACAGUUUAAAACGUUCCGCAGUUUUUGAAAACAGAACCGAUACUCAACACAUCGUUGACAUCGUUUUGUUCAUCAGGCAAACUUGUCCCGGGAGCGACGCAGAGGAGGGCGAGGUCACGCACCCGGCGGCGGCGGGCGCGACGGGCGCGACGGGCGC